AUUGCAAUAUGCGUGUAGCUCUGCUAUAGGACGGCUAUUUCUGUGUAUAUUGCUAUUGAAUCCUUCUGCAUAACAUGUUGUUGCACUGCUUGCUGGUCGUCCGUGCAAUAGGGGUUCUUGUUACAUAGAUGCAGAGCAAGCGCACACAAAAACUUAUACCUCCUUGUUCAUUACAUGGUGCCUUGGGUGAGCUGCAAGAAACUCCAGAUGAAGCGCGCGUGCAGGUGAUUAGGUACACUCGCGUUUUAGGGUUAGCUGAUUCGUACCUCAAUCGGCACUCAGCAACGAAAACAACACGCAGCUCAACCUACACCAACCGUCACAGCCGUCAAUUUAAGUGGCACGCACUUGUCGCUGCAAUGACAGAAGUCGCAUGGCCGCCGAAAGAAGGUGUAUCAACGCCCACAGUCUCUGUACAGGAUAGCGUCUUCGCCGUAACGGGCUCAGCGUUGAUCAAUGCGCCAGCGUCGUUCGUCUUCGACAUCUUACUAGACACAUCUACCUACCCAGAAUGGUGUACAUUUGUUCCGAAAGUUGUUGUGGACGAGCAACCUUCCUCUGCGGCCUCUGAUUCCCCAGUGCUCCAACUGGGCACCAAGUUCACGUUCUUCGCCGUGAUGGGCAAUCCGGGCUCCAAGCAGACGCCUACACACCUGUUCAUCAGCGAUAUGUCAACGCCAUCAGAGCCAUCUUUGUACGUUUCCUCCGUGACCCUUGAGGCGUCUCCAAUGUACACAACAGACCUCUCGAACGUGUAUCGCGUUGCCUGGAAGGGCGAUAAGAUAGACUUCUACGCCAAAGGUCUGAACGUCGAGCGCUUUCAUGAAGUCAUCGUAAGAGGGCAAGAGCAUUGCGAAGUACGAACAUGGGAGGUCAUGGGUGGUGUCCUGGCGUAUAUCGUCAAGUGGCUCCAUCGAAAGACGCUCGAUAGAAAGUUUGAUGAAUGGUGCGCAGAGCUGAAGGCAUUUGGUGAGAGGAAGUGGGCAGAAGGACAACACCAGGGAGCCAGCGUGGGCGAAAGCGGGUUGUGAACGCUACGUGCAGGCUCUCAAGUUACGGAAAGAGUCGGACGAAGUAGGCAGUGCCCCAAAUCAGGGUAGUCAACUCGUGUCUGCUAU